UUAAUAUGAUAUAGUGUCCUACUCAAAUCCAGUCCCUUUUCCUUUCCUCAUUCUCCUUCAUCCACCCGUUAAUCCAUGAAGAACUUUUCGUCAUAUACUGCCAUAUACAAUACAUUUAAUCUCUAAACACCAAACUUACCAAUUAUGCUUUUGUUCACAACAUGAAAAUGAGCACAUUUUUGUUCGUUCUAUUCUACCAAUUGUUAAUUACCAGAUUUUAACUCGUUAGCUCAUCUGUUUGACGAUUCUCAUUCACAUUCAGAAACAUGAAAUUUUAUUAAAAAUAAUACAACAACAAAUGAAUCAGCACAAAUAUAUAUUACCUAGCAAUAGGUAGGAUGGAUCAAAGUCCAACUAUUCAGCAAACGGACGAGUUGGCUAUAGGAAUUUAGCAUAUAAGUAAACAUGUUUUGGAAAAACGAUAGCAGGAGGAUGAAGAGAACGAUUAUUAAUGUGCACAUACAAUGGUUCAACUUAAUGUAUUUGUUUUGGAAUCAGUUAUUCAUCUAUUUGGUGCUCUCCGAGGAGCUGACUCAACAGUACGCAAUCCCACAAGACUUGUCAAGUAAAAUUACUACGAGCUACUUGAAGCAGUUUAGAAAAUGUCCAGAUAAUCCCAAGUACAGUUUGGAUGUGUGGAGAAAACUUCUAUGGAGCAAAGCUCUUGGAGACAAUUACUCGUACUUGACCAAAGCAGUAUACGAAAGAUGGCUACACAUGAGAUACCAUUACCUCGCAUUGCCCGUAGACACCGUGUCGAUGCUAUUCCAAUUAAGGAAGAAGUACCUUCUUGGUAUCAUUACGAACGGGCCAUCCAAUGCACAAUGGGAAAAAGUACAAAAAUUAUCUCUGAACCAGUACUUCGACCUCAUUCUCGUGUCCGGAGAUCUGCCAUGGGAAAAACCUGAGCCCAGAAUAUUCAAAGAGGCCUGCCAAUGCCUCAGAGUCACACCAAUCGAAUGCAUCAUGGUCGGGGAUAAGCUAGAAACGGAUAUACUAGGAGGUAUUGAAGCUGGUCUCGCAGGAACCGUAUGGAUACCAACUACAGAAAAGCCCCGUCUAUGCGCAGGGGAUCCAAAACCAGACGUCACAAUAAAGCACGUUACAGAUAUCAUGACGGUCUUAAAUCGUGGUCCGGGUGCGCCAGAGCUAGAAGAUACAUCCUCAAAUUCAUCUGAUGGCAGCUGAUGGGUGGAAAAAUGUUUCCCAGAAACACAUUCUGUGUUCCUUUUGUUGCUAGUGAUGAAUUACUGAUUCUUAAGAAUAUAAUUUAGUUAUAGAUUUUCUCAAGCACUAGCGGGCAACUGCACCGUUUUCUAUAUUCUGGUACGAAGAAACUUAUAUUACAAAAGUGAUCCGGGGUUAAGGAUGUAUUUUUCAAAAUUUCAAAAUAGUAAUAGGACACUUUAUCUUUAAUGCGCUAGGUGCUGGCUGAUUGCCACCUCAUUCCUAAGAAACAAACAGUUAAAUUUGUUGCAAAGCAAUACGUGGUUACAUCUACUAUUGUCAAUGUGUGUGGAUCAUAAUUUCUUCUCCACACGUUACACAUUCUGAACUUCUCUGAACGUACAAACAGCUGAAAGAUAGCCAUAUUAGGCUACUCUAAGCCACAUAUUAGUUUUUAGAAAGUAAAUUGUCACAAUGUGAAAAAGGUACGUGAUUCUUUUAAUUUUGUUUUACGAGAUAUAUAUAAAUAUGUAUGUAUAUAGUUUUUUUUUUCUUCUCCAGAAGAUGGGUAUUUUUGUUUUUCAGCUUCAUUGUUGAUUCAAUUUUUGAUUUGUUUACAAUUUUUUCUUCAUCUUGUCUUUCAGUAGAAGGAGUCUUAGAAAUGGGGACUCAUUCUCUUGAUUUGUCAGAGUUUUCCUAUAAGAUGUUAUCUUUAUUACAUAUAAAUAGAUUCAGUAUAUUAAAUUAUGAAUGCACCAUAUCGAAUCCCCAAUGUCAAAUGAAAUGUAGAACUUAUGUACAAAUUAUAGCUGUGCAUAUCCAUAUCUAUCUAUGUAGAUAUAUUAUAAUCUCAAAACAGGGGAAAGAUUAUAUGAAGAGAGAUAUACAAUAUUAUAUAUGUACACUUAUGUAUGUAAAUAUAUUGCAUGUAGUUUAUUUUUUGGUAGCUGCAAUGACAGCUAUUUUAGAUUUUGUAUAUAUACGUAUAUAUGUAUGUAUCAGAAAUACAUUCAUUUAUCGUAUGAUUAAAUUGUUCAUGUAUAGUUAACUUUGUGUCAUGCUUAAUGUAUGAUAUAUGUAUAUAUGCUAUAAUAUACAUAUUUAUAGAUUACAUGCCAAUAUGAUAGGUGUUGAUAUAUAUUUUUCCACUACACAUACAUAUAUGUAUUAUAUAAUAUAACUAUAUUACAUAUUUUAUUCCUGUUGAAUAUUUGUCGAUAUCGAUAAUAAGCUUUAGAUAUAACUGACAUAUGUCAUAUAGGCAAAUGGUAUUGUAAACCUUUAGCUCAUACCCUAUUGUAUUAUGUCGUAUUUUCAAGUGGGAAUAACAACUAUAGGAUGAUGAUAAUAAAUACCCAGGUAUUGGCUA